AUGGCUGCAACAUCCCCGUGCGCAGCCACGGUAGUCACCGAGAACUUGGUCUUGAAGUCACCGGUCUUCUUGCCAUCCUGGAAGAUCUCGACCGCCUCUGCAGCACCGACCAGUACGGUUGAACCAGCGGCGGCAACGCCCUUGGGCUGCGCGGUGAGCUUCGACGAGGUGCCGGUCCAGACCGGCAAUGUAUCCGGGGUGGCCCUCGCCCUCGAUCUCUUCCGCGGAGCCAGAGGCAGCCUCCCAGCUGCAGACGCGACCCUCAAAGCUUCCAGUCCAGAGAGUCUCCUUGCUAUCCGAAGUGGACUGGCCCAGAGAGGUGAUACUCUUCUGGUGGCCCUGAAUCACCUGUCGGGGCUUGGGGUUACCCUCGACAAGGUAGUUCAGAUCGCCACUGAGAGACAAACUGAUAAGCAGGUUGUCGCUGCGGCCAGGAGGCCAAACGACGCCAACCUGGUGGUCACGGACAGCGUUGGCACCCUCCUCGCCGAGAGUCCAGCUCUGUGUGGUCUUGCCCGCCUCAACAUCCCAGAUCUUGACCAUGCUACCCUUGUGCUCACCCUCGCCAAUCUGGCCCUUGGUCUCACCAGUCUUACCAUCGUAGAGCCAGAUCUUGCGGUCUGCACCCACACUGACCAAGUGCGAACCAUCCGGGCUAAAGCCCACGCCGUAGAUAUAGUUGGUGUGCUUGUCACCAAUGCCGGUGUUGAACUUGAAGGGUGCGCCGUGGUAGAAGACCAGCUUCUUAUCGUCACCCGCGGCCGCAGCGCGGAGAGGCCUCUGCUGCCUGAUCGAGACAGAGUUGAUCUGUUGCGUGUGGCCGUAAAUUUCACCGACGGUGUUUCCACUGUCCCAGGUAAUGCAGUGUCCGUAGCGCUGCUUUCCGUCACCGACAGCAAUGAUGCGCUGAGAGUCACCGUCCCAAGCCAAGUCAUUGAUCCGGCCGUUGACAAUGCUGUAGUCGCCCUUGGUAAUACCCUCUCCAACACAGUCCCACACUCUCACAGUACCGGUAGCAUCACCGCUAGCAACAUAGAAUCCAGAGGGGGAGAAGCGCGCGACGGUGGUCUGAGCCUUGUGUUCGGUGUACUGUCUAGCGAUUGCGGGGUUGUCGAUAGAGCGGAUGAAGAUGGAUUUGUUCGACUGCAGGAUUGA